AUGAUGCCGCCGCUCAACACGACCAUGGGAUGCAUCAACGAUACCAGCGCACACAGCUGGCAUGGCCACCCUGACCUCACAUAUAAUACAGAGAGUGAUGAAAGGAUGCAAGAGGGCCUGAGCACCAUCCCACUGCGUUUUCAGGACGAAAGCAAAGAGACGCUGACAGAGCAGCUGAUAAAACUAAGCAACCGAGCCAUGGGCGCCACACGAGAAAAUGAAUGCGCAAUCACUACUACAUCCUUGACAGUAAACUCCCCUCCAGUGAAUGAAAUGUUCGAGGCCGCGAAUACGUUAGUGCAGAUUAUCAACAGUUUAACUAUGGCCGACAGCACAGAUGGCUCUUCGCGAUCUUCAUCCCGCGAUAGAAGCGAUGGGAACGAGCGACAGCUGCCUACCAAGUACUGGCCAAUUUUUCUGGCUCUUGAUUCUUACCAGCACGUCCUAUCCCUAUUCCACGCAGUUUGUGACUUUAUUAAGAGGUCCUUGGGGUCUAUAGGUCAAGGGAUGGAGUUGCAACAGCAAACUUUGCACGGAGCUGGAUCGUCCUCUGCACAAUUCAUCAUGGUUCUGCAGCUCGUCAUGCACCUCCUCAACCGCAUAGGUCGUAGCCUUCGAAUCGGGAACCGGGAGAAUGUUGACCAACACGAAUUGAUGUUUGGGCCUGACGGUGGUGGAGAAAGAGGCAGCUCAGAUAGUAUUGUCGACUCCGCUCAGGUCAUGCUCAAAACGCUUCCUGAUGAGCAAAUCAAACUCGUGAAGGUCAUUCAAGACCUUCAAGCUAGUAUAGAGGAAAGAAUUUUUGUUUAG